UAUUGCCAAUUCACUGAUCUCAAGGACAACUGUAGCACUUUAAUUCGCGGAAAGGUUCAUGGGUGAUAGUGUUACAGACCUACAGGUUUGCCGGCUCAAGAACAAGAUGGCGUUCGAAAAGAAUAAUAAUAUAAAUACAAAUUUUGGAGGGAAAUAUGGCUUCUAAAGCGAACCAAAAGAAUAUAAAUACCAUAAGCGACGGAUAUUCUAACACAGAAACCUCAAAAGACGCAGUGGUGUGUUAUUGUGGUGAUAAUAUCACAGCAAGCAUGUUGAAGUGUACGAAUUGCGAGAAGCUAUUUCAUGGAGAUUGCCUGAAAAACGGCCGACCGAGUAACUUCAAAGGCGAUGUGUUCUUCGACUUUACGUGCGCAGACUGUUCCGAGACUGGAAAGGAGAUUUUUAAACGCAAACCCAUGAACUGGUUGCAGGUUGUAUAUCUGGCGCUGUACAAUCUCAUUUGCAGGGGCAGUGGACGAAAGGGUUACUUUCGAUGGAGGGACGAUUUGUGUCAGUUUAUCGAACAAAACUGGAACUGCUUUCACGCAGAGAAAAAGAAAACGAUGUCGUGGUGCAGCACGGUGGCUGGUACUUUGUCGAGCAAUUGUCCAAAAAUCUUCAAAAAUGGUCAAAAGGAGUUCAAAGAAGGCGGUUGGUGGUCGCUCAACGAGGUGCUCCCCCCGUCUGAGAAACCCGAGGUUAUGAUGCAGGGUCCGAACCACAAACGAAAAAAGAAGCGGUCUUCGAUUGGUGGUGGCAAAGGAAGUAAAAAAAGCAAAACGGAAGCUAAGGUCGAUGUGAACGGUGACGCGGAUGUAAACCACGAUAUUUUUGACUGCGGUAAUACGGUUUCGACGAAUGGUAUGGACACGAACGACUCGAUGAUAUCCAUUAUGGACGAAGCAAACAUCGACACGUUUCUAGAUUGUAAUGGUGACAUGUCUGACCUAGAUAUUGGUGAUCCGGGCGCAAUGGACGAAAUCUUUCGUAGUUUAGAUUUAAACAGAUCAGACGAUUCACUGAACGCUUCAUUUACGGAAAGCAGAAUGGAACGCGAGGAGGAUACGGGAACCAAAUUAGAGCAAGUAGAACAACCGACUCCGUUAGAUUCAACAGAGAACGAUGUUAUUGUUCUUGACCCGAAGGAAGUGCACGGAACUCAAUCUUCGGCUUUUACGAUUGAGAACGACCAUGUUGAAAAGAGCACAGGCCAUAGAGAUAAAAGUCGAAAGAAAAAUCUGAGGGCGAUGUACCCUCACGAGGAGAAAGACCUCCUUGAGAAACUUAAUCAGAUUGAUUCGAGCGAUGUUCGCGCGAGGCGAUUGCGUCGAAAACUGCUACUCAACCGUCAAAAACGUCAGUAUGGUUUGCCCGUGUUUGAUCUUGAUAAAUUCAUAGAAAACUCCAUGAACACUGUUUCGCACUAUAUCGUAGACAAAGGAGAGUGCACUGCGGUAUUGAAGCAACCGGAAGUACACACAGACUCAGUUCGAGGUACAUCAAUGCAACGGAUUGCUCUAAGACGAGAUCGUAUUCUCGAUCGCUUCAUGAUGCAACCGGUUUCACAGAGACUAAUCAAACCAGUUAGCUUUCUUAGCCGUUUGAUUGGCUGCCACCCGAGCGCUCUGAACCGAUCAAUCACUAGCCCUUACACUUCGCGGGUAUUGAAACCAUUCAUACGUCGGGACUUUGAAGCCGAGCCCACGAAACUGAAAGUGCUUAAGGAAAUCACAAUGCGGUUUCAAAAAAAGUUCCUAGGCGAGGCGCAUGCACACGACACGUGUACGUUCGGUUCAAUAGACUACUGUUAUGUCCAACCGCAUCACAUACCCGGCGUGAAUGCGUUGUGUCGCGAGUUCUUCUGGUGCGGCAUCGAUCUUUCGGAGUGUCUUCAGUACCCGGAUUUUACGUGCAUUGUCCUUUAUAAAAAACUGAUCAUCGGCUGUGCUUUCAUGGUGCCGGAUGUAAAAUGCAACGAGGCCUACAUUUCCUUUGUAGUGGUGCAUCCCGAUUGGCGGAGAGCGGGCAUUGGUUCAUUUAUGAUCUACCAUCUCAUUCAAACGUGUUUAGGUAAGGACGUCACACUUCAUGUGGCCGCGGACAAUCCUGCAAUGUUACUCUACCAGAAGUUCGGUUUCAAACCCGAGAGGUUUGUUGCGGGUUUCUACGACAGAUACUUUCCAACUCAUUCCGAGCACUCCAAACAUGCGUUCUUCCUUCGGCUACAGAGAUGACCGCACAGCACAGAAUGCAUGCAACUGAAGUGGAGGCAGAGAAUACCGGCUUUUCAACGCUCUUCAACAAAUCGGUAAUUAUUUCCAUUAAUAUUUGUUUCGAUGGUUAAUGAAGCUGAGGCUACGGCAAUAAGUUGCAGUCAUGCUUUCUUUGCCAAAAAUAUUACCGCCGAUGUUAAUGAGCGAAACGCAUGUUAUGUCGGUUGCUACAUAUUUUUCAUACGUUAUUCCGAAACCAGAAGUUCAGUUGUGUGCAAAGCAUCAAAAAUAUCAGUUACACUUCUUUAUUUUUAAAUAUUUCUUUUUGCGUAUUUUAGUUCUUUCCAGCGUGGCCAUACAUGCAAUUUUUUUACUAGAUUUGGUCUGAUGAGGUUAGAUCGGAGCCAUGUAUUUGUAAGAGUUGGGACACGUAUUGUUCUCUGCAUUUUGCAUUGUGAUCACCGGUGAUUGGGUAAAUAUGGUCACAUGGGCAUCCAGCCGCCAUUUUUUGUCCAAAAGCGCAAAUUAUAACCAUUUUUUACAUUGGAAAUAAAUUAUAAAAAAAUGUUUGCAAUAAUUUUAUGUUGCGUUGUAAUAGUACCAGUCAAAGCGAUGAAGAAUAGAAAGAUACGCGCUCCCUUGUGGCAAAAAUAGUAUUAACGGCGUAUAAAUUACAUUCGCUGCACCAAAUAAACGUUUUUCUAUUACUAUAACAUCUAUAAACAACUGAAUUCUAAAUGUAAGAAUCGCUGUCUAUACAUGAAUAAGAAAACUCAACAGGAAAUUUGUCUUUCCACCAUUUAAUGCUUUAUAUUUGCUGCCUUUUGGAACAGAAAUGGCAGACGCUAGGCAAUCUAACUUCGGGUGUCCCAACUCUCCUGAUACAGGGCUCUGUGUUAGAUUCUCCCGCCUGCUUUAUACAGCUGCAAAGUUGAGAACACGGGGAGUGUUUAAGCUCAUCCGACUAAAUCUGGUAAAGAAAAUUUUCGUAUGUGUUCACACCGCUUCUUUCUGUAAUAACUCCACAUUCACACCGCUUCUUUCUGUAAUAACUCCACAUUCACACCGCUUCUUUCUGUAAUAACCCACAUUCACACCGCUUCUUUCAGUAAUAACUCCACAUUCACACCGCUUCUUUCUGUAAUAACCCCACAUUCACACCGCUUUCUGUAAUAACUCCACAUUCACACCGCUUCUUUCUGUAAUAACCCCACAUUCACACCGCUUUCUGUAAUAACUCCACAUUCACACCGCUUCUUUCUGUAAUAACCACACAUUCAUACCGCUUCUUUCUGUAAUAACCACACAUUCACAAUGCUUCUUUCUGUAAUAACCACACAUUCACAAUGCUUCUUUCUGUAAUAACCGCGCAUUAACAUGCAUUAACACGUGCAAUCGUACCUUGAAUACGAAAUUUGACGAGAUUUUUCUCGUUUCUCAUACGAAGCUAUUGAACCUGUAAAUUUUAAAGUUCAAAAAACCAGCAAUAACUUUAUGGGUUUGUCGUAUUUCAUGAAAAAAAAUAAUGUGUAAAUACCAAAUUGUGUAACACACGGGUAGCAAACAAUUGAUGGCAAAAAUGAAAACCCUACCGAAGUUGGAAUUCCUAAAGAGGAUAUUCUAAAAUUCCUUUGCCAUUUAAAAAAUAUAAUUGAAUAUGAUACGGUGGUCAAUUUUCAUUAAUAUAACAUGCACAGCGCCAUCGUGUUUGUCCCUGUGUAGAUCACUGGUGUAUAUAU